AUGGGCCCUCUGUGGACCCCACCUUCCCCUUUCCUCCUCUUGUUUGGGGAGUCUGCCUCUCUGAGGACCCAUGACUACCCCAGCUGCCCAGAUAGGGGCCCAGGGAAACUGGAAGCCAGUAAAGUUGUCCUCUUGCCCAGUUGUCCUGGAACCCCAGGAAGUCCUGGGGAGAAGGGAGAACCAGGUCCUCAAGGGCAGCCUGGACCACUGGGCAAGAUGGGUCCCAAGGGUGAGCCUGGGGACUAUUCAGUGAACUUGCUGUGGGGACAGGAAGGCCCUGGGAGCUUCCAGGAGCUGCUGAGCCGGAAGACCACUUUGAGUGACUGGUACCAUCUGUGCCUACCUGAGGGCUGAGCCCUCCCAGUCUUUUGUCCCAUGGAUUCCUUCUGCUCUUGGUCUUCCUACACAGCAGGUGUGGGGAGCCAGGAGUCUGAAUUCUGGCUGGGGAAUUUGCACCAGCUUACUCUCCAGGGCACCCAGGAGCUGUGGGUGGAGCCGGAGGACUUAGGCAACCACACCUUUGUUCCCUGUAGGUCCUUCCUCCUCCUAGUGGAGGCAGACCAUCACCAGCUGUUGCUGGGCAGGUUCUCAGAGGGCAGGGCAGGGGCCUCCCAGAGCUUCCACGCCGGGAAACCCUUUCCCACCGACCAUGAUACAAGUGGGAGAAAUUCAGUGACUCUUCCCGGAGCCUGGCGGCACGGAUCCUGCUAUCAGACCAAUCUCAACAGGCGCUACUUGAUGUUCAAAGCCCCUGCCCAUAAUUGUAGCAUUGAAAGGGCCUCACACCAAGGCGUGGGGCACCCUUACCACAGGGAUUAAAUGGUGCUUCACUAG